ACAGUGAUUGAGCCCCUCAUUCAGUUCGCACACGAUCUCUUCCCAGGAGAGGUGGACUUUGAGACCCAGGGACCCCAGGGUGCUCCAGAGCCACAGCACCCCAAGACAGAGACAGAGUCUGUGGAGAUCCCCCUCACUCCCCCGGGGUCCCCCACCCCCUCCCGUAGCUCCCAGGAGUCGGCGCCUGUCCCUCAGCAGGGCGGUUCCGAACCCGUCGUCCUCAAGCUGGGCUCAGUGUCCCGACGCACCAGCAUGUGGGAGAACCCGGCUCCGGCCCCCACGGCGCCCCUCUCCUCCGACCCACCGGGCCAGAACCCAGCCCAGAGUCACAGUGGAACCCAGGCCCCAAGGAGACCGAGCCGGGAGACGAGCCCACCUGAGCCGAGCCCCACCCUGCCUCAGGGUGGCCCAGGAGUUGGCACAAAGCCUCAGAAAGGGCCCAGACUGCGAUGCUACAUGAGUCUCCUGCAGCACACCAACCCUGUCUUCCACCUGCUGAGCCCUCUCGCUAAGAGAUCCUUCCAGCAGAGGCCGGCGAUCACCCAUGGCAAGGGGACAGGCCCCCCGUCGAACGUCCCGCAGUACCCCAGCGCCGCACCCGCCAGGCCCCAGGCUCAAUUUCCACCUCUUGCCCAGACGACGGCCCCCGAGCCCCGGCUGCAGCUGGCACUCCAGCCCCAGGCUCCUGGGACCAAGAAGGCCACGAACCGGAGGGGUAACGUCCGAGCUCCCAACUUCCCGCCCCCUCAGCCGCCGGGCGGCACGCAGGUGUCGUCCGAGGCCCGGUGAGCGCAGAACCCCGCGGCCCCGAGACUUGCCGACCGGAACCAGCCCUCCGGUCCUUCCCUCUGUGUGUCUGCUUCUGGUCUGGACCUGGCCUGUCCCAUGUCAGCGAUGGAUGCAAACUUGUUUUUUUUCUUUCUGUCUGGACUGGGAUCCCUGGAAGAGAGGGGGGCACCUGGAGCUCCUUCUCCAGCCAGGGGACAGAGGCGCAGUUCUGACUGUCCACCGACAGGGGGAGCUGGUGUGCACAGUGCUCAUGCACUUACAUGUGCCACCACUAGGGGGGGCUCUUUCUGCCAUUUCUGCCCCCACAAUACGAGCAUCUUUUUUCCCAAGAUCGCAUCCCAUUAGGAGCGUCCCCAGACCUUCUCCUGCCAUAGAGAGUUACCAGCUUGUCCUUUGUCACUUACCCACAGCUUCACAAGGGCUCGUUAUCGUUCAGGCUCUUGCCAGAGAGCAAAUCGCCGAACGAAGAAGGAGGAGUUUGUUCGUUUGCAGUGUUAACGUACAUCGGCUGCUGGUACGGGAAAGAGUUACUAAAUGGCCAAACACUGUCACUUGUACAUAGUAACAAGCUUAUUAAAACAGUUUUAUUAUAAUUAUUGUCAUUAAUACUGUUGUUGCUGUAAUUAUUCGUAAGUGCACCAAAUACAUGUUAUAUAUUUAUAUAUAAUACAGCUCAUUACAUUUGUGAUAUAAAAUAAUCCAGGCUAAUUCACUGCCUUUGAUUGUACAAUGCAUAGCUAUUACAUAGUUGCAGAUUAAACGAUUUACACUUUUAAACAUG